ACAUGGACUACGUUUCUCCGAGUCUCACGACCAUACAUACAUCUUUCCUGCUGUCUCUAUAUAAAUACCACGCUGAUUCACACACACACACAGAGGAGCAGGUUGUGAAUAUAUAAUUGAUGUUGAUGAAAUCAAUGGAGGGAGGCAGCAAAUGGGUGGCGGCGGUGGCCAGCAUUUGGAUACAGUGCAGCUUAGGCGCCACCUACUCCUUCGCCAUCUACUCCCCCAUCCUCAAAUCCACUCAAGGCUACGACCAAUCCACCCUCGACUCCAUCUCCGUCUUCAAAGACAUCGGCGCAAACGCCGGCGUCCUCUCCGGCUUCCUCUACUCCGCUGUCUCCCACCGCCGUCAUCAAGGGCCCUGGGUUGUGCACGCCGCCGGGGCGAUCCAGUGCUUCGUGGGGUACUUCUUCAUGUGGCUGGCGGUUACGGGAGCCAUAGCGCCUCCGCACGUGGCGGUGAUGUGCGUGUUCAUGUUCGUGGCGUCUCACGCGCAGACGUUCUUUAAUACGGCCAACGUUGUUACUUCUGUACAUAAUUUCCCCGACUACAGCGGCACUAUGGUUGGGAUUAUGAAGGGGUUUCUGGGUCUGAGCGCAGCAAUAAUCAUACAAGUCUACCAAACAUUCUUCGCCGGAAAACCGGCCACCUUCCUUCUCAUGCUGGCCGUUGUGCCGCCGCUGCUCACCCUUCUCCUCAUGUUUUUCGUCAGAAUCCAGCACACUACACAGACACAGUCCAGCUAUCAAGACAAGAGAUACCUAAACGCCUUCUCCUUCAUUUCCGUCAUCGUCGCAGCCUACCUUAUGUUCCUCAUUUUCUUGAACAACAGCAUCGUUUUGCCUCAUUGGGCUCGUGCUCUCACACUCGCCCUUCUCCUCCUCCUCAUCGCUUCUCCUCUCUACAUCGCUAUCAAAGCCCACCAACACCACUUACAAACCAUGCAGUCCCCAUUAAAGACCCCUUUAAUCAAGGAAGAUCUCGAGUCGAUUAAACCAGAGAAUCCCACCAUAGAUCAUGUUAAUGUUAGUGCUAAUGGAGUGCAGCAGCAGCAGCAGCAGCACAAGGAGACAACCUCUGAGGAUGCCGGAGAAGAUCUGAAUCUCGUACAAGCAAUGCGUACGUUGAACUUCUGGCUAUUGUUCAUGGCGAUGCUGUGCGGACUAGGUUCCGGGCUAGCUACAAUCAACAACAUCAGCCAAAUCGGAGAGUCCCUCGGCUACACCGCGAGAGAGAGAAGCACAAUGGUGUCCCUAUGGAGCAUAUGGAACUUUCUUGGGCGGUUCGGGGCAGGAUACGUGUCCGACAUUUUCAUGCACAAGAAGGGGUGGCCGAGGCCGUUGUUCAUGACCAUCACACUUGCAACAAUGGCUGCAGGCCAUGUAAUGAUCGCGUUGGGCUUCCGAGGGAACUUGUACCUGGCAUUACUGUUGGUGGGCGUCUGUUUCGGGUCGCAGUGGUCGUUGAUGCCGACGAUCACAAGUGAGAUAUUCGGAGUGCAGCAUAUGGGGACUAUAUACAACACAAUUGCGGUGGCUAAUCCAUUGGGAUCAUACGUUCUUUCAGUGAGAGUGAUUGGUUAUAUCUACGACAGAGAAGAGAGUUUGGAGGUGGGGAGUAGUUCUUGCAAUGGCGCUCAUUGUUUCAGGUUGUCUUUCUUCAUAUUGGCGGCUGUCAGCUUUGCUGGGGCUUUGGUGGCAUUGGCGUUCAUGGUCAAGACGAGGGCGCAAUAUGCUCGGAUUAUACGUCGGAAGAUGUUCCCAUGAUCAGCUGAACAAGCCAAUUACUCGUGGUAAUUAAUAAAAUGAAACUUUUGAGGGUAUUCUGUAGCUACCAAAUUUAAUACCUAUUCUACUCAUGGAGUGUUAUUAUGAAUAAAAUUUAGGGAUAAUUACACUCA